AGUGUCACUUGAAAGGAGCCUGGGAGGCUCCUGGGCCCGGCAGGGCCGGGGAAAUGAAAAGGCAGCGUUGCAGGGCAAAAAUAAAAACACUAAUUUUUUUUAAUUGGGCUGUUUUGCAUGGGAGAUGAGCUUGGUAAACACGUUCCAUGUGCAAAGGUGCUUCUGGGCCCGGGGCUGUGCGGGGCUCUAUAAAAGCCCGUCCGACUGCAGGCUCCUCAUCCACUUCUCCUGCCUUCUCCUCCUCGGUGAACCAGGUGUGCCACCCCCAGCCAUGUCCUGCUACGACCUGUGCCGUCCCUGCGGCCCCACCCCGCUGGCCAACAGCUGCAACGAGCCCUGUGUGAGGCAGUGCCAGGACUCCCGGGUGGUGAUCCAGCCCUCGCCCGUGGUGGUGACGCUGCCCGGGCCCAUCCUGAGCUCCUUCCCCCAGAACACCGCCGUGGGCUCCACCACCUCCGCCGCCGUGGGCAGCAUCCUCAGCGAGUCCGGGGUCCCCAUCAACUCCGGGGGCUACGGCCUGGGCAGCCUUGGUGGCCUCGGUGGCUACGGCCUCGGUGGGCGCUACUGUGGCCGGAGGUGCCUGCCCUGCUAAAGCCUGAGCCCAGCGAGGGCCUCGCCCAGGGAGCCCAAAGCCGGACUGAGGAUGGAGCUGCUGGCCAGCGCUCGCCCAGGGCUUUCCUCCUGCUGCCCAGGAGGGAGGCAGAGGUGGCCAGCUGAUGUCUCGUGCUUGUCCUGCUCUCUUCUGCUCCUCGGGAGCCCCUGUUGUCUCUGCCCUGCUGUGCCGGGGGUCCCUCCUGCCUCCAGCGCAGCGGGGUCCUGCUCCUGGCGCUCUGCCCGGGGGGGUGGGAGGCAGACGUGUGUCCCACUGCUGGGCAGGGCUGCCUGACUGGGGCCCUGCCAGCCCUCCCUGCUUUGUUUCUGUCUUUACACUCAUUAAAGUUUGUGUUGCAUUAUA